AUGAACGGAACCACGGUUAAGGCCAACGACAAGAAAAAGCGAGCGUACGUCAGUACUUCGUACGGGACGCACCCCGGAGCCAUGGAUGUGGACGCAGCGCAGAAGCAGGACCAGAAGAAGACGACCAAAGACAAGUCCAAUGUUACCUACUACAACUGCGGAAAGAAAGGGCACUACAAGCGAGAAUGCCGAAGCCCGAAGAAAGGAUGGAAACCAACCCCGGGAAAGGAAAUUGCGGCCAUCGACGAAACCACCAAGGACGUCAUCGAAGUAGCGGCCACGAGCUACGAAGACAAGGGCAGUGACACGGACAGUCUCGGACACGACGGCAACGGUGAAGACGAAUAA